CAGAAUGAAAUGUGAAUUUGAGCCGACUCCAGCUUCUGUUCGCUGUAAGCGCUUUUAAUAUUUCUAUAUUAUGAGAACCAAACACUGAUUUAUAAUGCCAACUGUUGUGAGAGAGGGAGGCAGGAAGAGUUUAUUUUCUAGGAAGUUUAAGUUGAUUUUCAAGAAAUGAUUUACAGCUCUGUUGUCAAAGUCGCUCCUGCAGCGUCACAUGUAGAAGAAGAAAAUGGCUGUUUUCGAAUUAGCCUACUGCAACUACACGAAUGCGGAUAUAUUUCAAACCGCACAUAUUUAUGUCCGAUUAGGCCUCCCUACCACACCAAAACGGGAGUUUGGACACUCAAACCGGAUAAAUCUGAAUCCGAAAAAACAAGUGGAGAAAUAAAAACAUAUCUGUAUAAGUGGAUUCGUGUGGUUGAACGUUUACGGCCAGUGACAAACACAAGAGUCCCUGAACCUGGAGGCAGCUUUGUGUUUGCAGAAAUGAAAGCAUGUGGUCCAGGCAACGUUCAAGAAUAAUAAUACGAAGAAGAAUAAACCCAUGCAGAGUCCUGAACAAACAUGUUUACUGUCUGAUUAAACACACAAACACAAAGAAGACGCUUGUUUCUUCAUUUCUCUGUAAUGAAACGGUCUAGAGGUGAUUUCUUUUUACAACUCUUCCAUUUCAGUUUAAUUAACAUCCACGGAGAAUCAUCCAUUAUGUGCAUCAAACUAAUUAAUCUCAACCUUUGUGCGGAAGAUCCGGUGUCUUCACCGAUUAUCAAGUCAAUCUCUGAGAGCUUUAUUUGUGUAGAGCUCUCUUCCUUCAGUUUUUCAAACAUCUCCAUUAAAGUUAGGGAUGAAUACUCGAGUACUCGUUACCGUAAUUACUUGAGAAUCGUUACAUAACUCGGUUAGCCUACAGGUACAUGCACCAUGUCAGCCAUGAAGUAUUUUGUGUAUAAGUGUUAAACUUGUACACUGAACGAAAAUAUAAACACAACACUUUUGUUUUUGCUCCCUGAACUCAAAGAUCUCAGACUUUUUCUCUCAAAUAUUGUUGACAAAUUUGUCUAAAUCUGUGUUAGUGCACAUUUCCUCACAGGUGUGGCAUAUCAAGAUGCUGAUUAGACAGCUUGAUUAUCGCACAGGUGUGCCUGAGACUGGCCACAAUAAAAGGACACUCUCAAACAAAGGUGCAGUUUUGUCACACAGCACAAAGCCACAGAUGCCACAAGUUUUGAGGGAGUGUGUGAUUAGCAUGCUGACUGCAAGAAUGUUCACCAGAGCUGUUGUCCGUGAAUUGAAUGUUCAUUUCUCCUCCAUAAGUCAUCUCCAAAAGUGACUAGCUCAGUGUGUAAUCAUAUGUGUUAGGAGAAGACGGUGGAAACGUUUGAUAGCAGUCUUGCACAAAAGUAUUUGCUCAUCCUGUUAGCAGAUGCCAAUGUGAUGAUAUCAGAGCUGCAAAGACGGGCCGACUAAUAACAGAAAUGGUGACAAGAGACAUGCUCCCAUCAAGUUUAUCUGCUAUAGUUCACCUAAGAGCUGUUAGCUGUUCACCUUUGUCUCUGCUAUAUCUUUAAGUUACCUUUAUAAACAAAUACUGUCAGUAUAAACCAACAUAUCUGUGUAGCUGUUUUGACUUUUCUUCUCGCUGGUUUCCAGAUUAGCCAGUUAGCCCUUCCACUAUGGUGGCUGCUUUGUUGAGCUUUUUAAUGCCUCUUCAGAAACCUUUGGUUGACAUUAUUGUAAACUAAUUGAGUUUGAGUUUGAGUUUAUUUAUUUAAACCGGGGAAAAUACAUAUUAAUGAACAUAUACAUGUAAAUAUGCAAGAUUAUAGCCAACGGCUAAUUUCCAUCUUUAGUUCCUUCAGCAGGUUGAUGUCAACAACAUAAGAUAAUAAAAUCAAUAAAACUACAGUAACAACAAGUAGAACAGUUAGCCUUCAUGGCCAGUAUGAGCAGGGGGAGUAAUUACAGAGAGGGAAAACGUGUCUUUGAAAACACAAUAGGACAGAAAAUGAAAAAUAAAAGCAAGAACAAUGAAAAGUAUAGUAGAUCAUGAAACAUACAGGCCAAAGGUCAGGGGACCAUAUGUAUUUCACUAGCAUUAAAUGCUAAAAUUAGCUAUCAAAGGGCUGAUUAAAGUGCAGAGUGCUGAAGUGUUAAAGUGUUCGGUGCGUAAUUAUAUUGCAGAUUGCCCGAUUGCACAGUAAAUGUAAAGUGCUAUUUUAAAUGCACAAUACUCUGAGUAUAAAGUGUAUGCCUUGCAUGUGACCCUAAUGCCUAAAAAGUAAAUAAAGAUAUAAUAAAUAGUAAAAAUAUUAAUGGGGGAGAGGGAGUAGUAGUAAUAAUAAUAAAGCAGUGAUGUUUAUGUAUGUACCCCAACAAUCAGCUAGCAUUAAACAAAUAUAUAUAUUCAGGCACGGUUGUGGCGACAGUGUUGUUCUUCUAGUAGCCAAGCUUUAAGAAGUUUGGUAAAGGAGGUCAGUCAGGAGUUCACGUAUUGUGUUUGGUAUUAAAUUCCAGGUGUGAGAAGCACGAACAGAAAAAGUGGCUUGACUGAAGGAACUCUUUCUAAAAGGAACUACACAGUCACCUCUCGAACCAGCUCUUGUUGACCUGUUUGAGUUUUUUUAACAAAUUCUUGUAACGGAGGGGCUGCUUUGCCAUGGAAGAUUUUGUAAAUCAAGAUAGCGUCGGUGUGUUUAACAGUGUAAUUCAUAUUUAAUACAGUUUAAGGUUCAAAACUUGUGAUUUGUUGACAAAAAACAAAUUUGUACCUGCAUGAAAAUGACAAAUAUAUCUGAUUUGAAUUCAUUGAAACCAGGUUACUGACUGAGAUGAGCUGAUCAGAAGUUCUGCUCCAAUCUGACCAUUUCACAGAAGUUCAAAAGACACUUUUAGAAACCAAAGAUUGUGAACGGUGGUGCUGGUUUUAGUUCCUGCAGCAUAAAGUUCUGCUUGAACUCAUCUCUGGCAUCAGACUAUGAUUCAUCUAUCCUCAAAAUACUUUUAAAGAAGCAAAAAACUUAAAAGUAAAUCUAAAGAUAAAUAUUUGACAACACUUAAAGCACCUUAAGUAUGCAGCGUCUUCUUUAAUUGAGUCAUCGAUUGGAUAAUUUAGGGCAAAAGCUCUGAAUCACCUUCAGAGAGUUCAACCUCAUCAGCCGGUGAGAUACUUCCACAUCAAUUAAUUCCUCCUAAUUAAUUUCCCUCUCCUGACUGUACCCUUGCCAGAUAAUUACUGCCCUUAAGAGCAACCCUGCUUAAAAAAGGUUUUGUGCUACCAUAAUACCAAUCUCCAUAAAGAUAUUGCAUAAUUGAUUUUGCCGCGGGAAAGCCAGAGUGAGCCAUGACUGCAAUCAUGUCGAGUCUGUUUACCAAAAUAGAGGUCUGCCACCUUCAUCACCUCUCUGCUGCACUUAUUUUGUUGCAGAUUAUUAGAGGUAAGCGCACCGGCAGUGGAGUUAAUGUGAAAAACAACAUUAAGUGAGUUAUCUGUUUGUAGUCACAGGGGUGUUUCACAUUAACUGGGAAGCAAACACCCAUCACGUUUGGGGAAAAAAGGACCAUUUUUCAGAGGAGGCGUGCUCCGUUCUUUGUUCUUCGUUCACCUUAGAUGUCCCGUCUGUGCGAAGAGGAACGUUCAAUCAAAGGAGCUCAGGCGUUUAGAUGGUUUACGUUGACAGAGACACAAAGGGAAUUCAUGAUCGCAUGAUCCAAACAAACUGAAUCAGCAAAGAAGAUCAAAAGACUGUUACUCAAUGUUUGCCAUUUUGCCUGCAGACACACAGAGGGGUUGGCGAGGUCUAUAAAACAGGAUUUGGUUUGGGGGGAAAUCCUCUAACAAUGACUCCUCAAUAUUAAUGGUGCCAGUUUACCUUUUAUUGGCAAUGUCCGCCCACACAGGUGUUCGUACUUCAUACUGAUGACACAUCUGCUGAGUGAGUGUUACUCUAUUCCACAGAAGAGCUUGUGUGCUGUGACUGGCCUGAGCUUUAGGGCCCCAUUUAUACGUAUCCAGUUAUUUUUUUUAAACGGAGACAUUAACCAUCGUUUGCACCCUUCGUUUAAACGCAAAUGGAGAAUUUGGCCCUGAAACCUGUUGGCACAAGAUUUAGUUAGCCAAUGGCAGAUUGUGCGCUGGAAACUGGGUUAAAUGCGACGUUGUUUACAAUGUAUGGUGGUCAUGGAUGAAAAGGCCGAUUGCAGCUGAUUGUGUCCAUUCAAGUUAAUGUGUCAAUUUCCACCGGCUUCUUUCUGUUCCGGAUCAGUCCGCAGCAAAUCGCAGGAGUUCUAUUUUUCCCGUGAAUGCUCAAAGUUUAGCAAUGUUGAAGCAACUUCUCCCCCAGACAUGAAGAGUGUGUACGUGUUGCCGCCAGCCUCCCCAGUUUGAGGUCUGACCUGGGCGCACUGCUAUCUGGUGGGAGAACUUAGAAAAUGAAAUGGUUUUGCUGAAGGAGUGGCGUGAAAUUUUCCUUCGCUGCUGUCAGACGGCAUAUACGUAUACACGGGUUAGUGUAAACGAAAACUUUUCUGAAAACGUAGUGGUGUGCGGAGAGAAUGAAAUGCUCGUUUAUGAAAAUAGCCGGGCAUGUGUAAACAUAGUCUGAAUCUGAACCCUCUUCUUGUUUCAAACAGGAGCUGGAGCCAGGUGUUUAAGUCUUGUGUUAAAUGCAGAAUCAUUGAAUUCAAGUUUUAAUCAUUUUAGUCUUUCCCUAAAAAUGGCUCCCCUGAGGUUGUGAUUGGCUAACCCUGCUGCGUUGGGUUUUGCCAAGUUGUCAAAUAUAAAACCUUCACCUGGGCUAUUUCCCAUCUUUGAACAACCCAAUGUCAGUACUGUCAUAAUAGGACUGGGCGAUAUGGCCUCAAAUCAGUAUCACGAUAUAUUGAGCAGUUCACCUCAAUAACGAUAAAUGGACGAUAACUACUCCACAAGCUGCUCAGCCCCUCCCACAUUAACUUCGUCUACUUCAGUCUCUGACGUUGGACAGCAUCUUAAAGGGAUGUGAGACCAUUGCCUACCUACACACAUCCAAAACCAACUUUUAUUUAUUUAUUUUUUUGACACAGAAUAUACCGACAUGGACAAAAUGACGUCGGUUAUUGUCGUAAAUUUCGGUAUCGGUAAAUCUUCGGUUUAUCGCCCAGCCCUAUGUUAUAAUACUGAAACCACAAAGUGUUGAUGCUAAACCUUGAAAACUGGGGUGAUCACGUCCGGGGUAUAAGGGGAGAGAGAAGAUAAUAAAUACCAGGUCUGAAUGAGGCAGAGCUUUGGCAGGAACACCUUGAGGAAGAUGGGCUUAUGAUUAGUCAGGGAGGUGAGAGUAAUUAAAUUAAUGAUACUGUGGUUCUCAGAGUCAUAACAGCGUGAGAGCACACAGAGUGCACAGUCCAAGACCUCUUAAAUGGAAUUAAAAGCAGCUGCCGAUGUUCAUGUUCAUGUGUGUGUAACUGUUUAUGCGGAAAUGACGGUAACAUGGAGUAAUUUGUCUUGAUUAAAUCCAUGUAACAAAGUCGAACAGUCAGCCAGACGAGCACAUGUGGUCUCACUCAGUCAGAUAAAUGAAAAUCACCUGUCUCAGGGUGGACUGGUUGUCAAAGUAAAGAUCAGACAAACACAGGAUAGAAAAAUUCAAUGUCGCCCUAUAGUUUGGUAAAAAUUUGAAUAUGGUGCAACUCUGUUUCUUACUUUGAAAUGUAAAUGCUUUGGCUUACAUGUCGUCUCUGUCAUCAGUCAUAAACCUGAAGGCUAUAUGUCUGCAACACUUCUGCAAUAACGGAUGGCAAUUUUUCCUGAUAGACAAGUAUUAAACAUCAAAAUCCCCAAAGCCCCCUUCAUUCCCUCUCUACCUCUCUUUUUCAGCACUUAUUUCCAUCGUCUCCUCCUGAAGUUAUUUCCUGGUUGGAGACGAGUGGCACUGAGGGAUCAGAUGAAAGACGCAGGAGUGGAAAAGCUAAGGUAUCCUCCCACAGAUGUCUUCCUGUGUGCAGUUUACUUCAGUGGGAACUAUAGGAUGCAGGUUGGCGUCACCUUUCAAGCUACUUCAGUCAGAUUUAAAUCUCAGACAGCAGCAUUUUUUCUCUUUCAAAGCCUGGGUGAGACCUGGCAACAGCAUAUUUAUCUUUUUUUUCGAGACUAAAACUACCGACACAAUUUCCAGAGAGCUGAAAUCAUACCUCUGGGCACAUUUUCAAAGAAUAAAAAAAGACUGUGAGCUUUUCAAAGUUUGCAGAGAUGACACGGUUUCUACUGAACGGCGAAUGAAGUCCCUGGAUGAAGUUUACACUAUUUAAAGGAAGAAGAAGAAAAAAAAUCCAACUUCACAGCCUCCUCUUUACUCUGGGAGCUCAAACCUCCACAGAGAUAGAGUUCAACAGACAUCCAACAGAAUGCAAAUAUUUCUCGGCCUUGUGUAAGCUUCACUGUAAUGUACAAUAUAUGCAGAGAGGAUGCAAGAACAGCAGUGUCUGAGCCGCUAUCUAAACCCUGUCAAAACACAGAGCUUCUGUUCAGUGUAAUCAACUCUGCUAUCCAACCUCUGCAGAGCAGGAAACCUCUGAGGAGAAACACGCUGAUUAUUUUAUUUGCCACCAAAGCUCUCUGAGCAAUGGACCCCAAGCCGGCUGCUGGUUUGACGUUCCUCUCAUGCUUUCAAAGAGAUGUUACUCAAAAACAGCGCAUCACCUGUCCCCCCAAAACGUUGACCCAGCUGAGCUCUUCCAGGAGGUCUUUGAUAAAGUUAAUCCCAGCAUGUUAUCAGUGGCAAACAGCUCUCUCCGGCCAUCAGUAUUUAUCCGGGUUUAGGCAAACACAAGUCCAGCUCCUAUUAAAGAAUGCAGCCCUGAUCCUUUAAUCCUCUGUAACCACUGACCCAACUUUAAACUGCUGUUUUGUCAAAUUAGUGAGCGCAAACCAACAAUAAUACAGAGAAGUUCUAUAUUUAGGGGAGAAAGAAAGUCACAGGCUUUGUUUAACUGCAGAUUAGAGUCUGUAAAUGAAGGGUGCACACUGUACCUACUUCACGAGUCAUAAUAAUAAUAAUAAAGCUCUCUACACCUGUACAUACAAUCUCUAAUUGAAGGGCAAUGUCCACUGUUUUGAAGUUCCCUGUGGUGAAACCGUGCGUCCUGUGGCUCUGACAUUCAAGGUAAUUUCUUCUUCUACUCUCAGUACUCGUGCCACAAUUUCCUCUGGUAUGUCUGCGGUGCUUUGAGACUCGUGUGGAAUUUCAGGACGUCGACCACAUGACUGGACCACAUAUGCUGCAUGUGGUACAAUCCUGUGGUUAAUGUCCAAAAUAUCUCCAAAGUUUGAAUACCAGAAAAAUGGAAACAGGGGAAAGUUAAGGUAGAGCGGUAAACGUGAGUUUCAUUUCACUCCAGGGACUGAAAACAUAAAAGGAAACGCUAUCAAGAUAAUUGCCACGACUUUGCAAUUAAACUGUGACAAAUAAAUAUGAAUGCAGUGGGAUUGUGCCCAUUACAUCUUAAUCAGAUGCUAAGUAUGCAUCUGUGGGCCUACAUGCUUGGUUUUGUACUCUUCUGCUGCCUACUGGUCAGAGUUGCUCAGUGCAACUUUUAGAGUACUUCUUAUUUUAGUCUGUUUCCAAAAGGAGAAUUUUUCGAGGGUGUUUAUAACCAAGAGUAAAAGUUGAACAAGUCUGAGGACAGCAUCUUCUAACCUAGAAACUUUGCAGAGAGAGAUCACAGGUUAAUGUCAAAGGGCAAGACCAGACCAAGAUCUGAACCCAGAAACAGCUUUAUGGCAGGAGUCACACCAACUACUACACCACAGGUCUGUCUGCAAGAACAAGUAUCUACUCUUUCUCUGAGGGACUUUAACUCUCAGACUCAGGAUUUAGAAAUGAGAGAUUUUAGUACAUGCGCAUAAAAAUAUUUUGGAAUCAGCAGAAAUUGAUCCUUCAUUUUUGUCUUAAACAUGAUUCUUAUCAAUCCUUAUGUCUGUUUGUGAAGCAGGCCCACAUGGAGCCACAGCCCGAGGUUUGACAAACUUCUGCGGUGGAGGCUUUUAAUGUCAUUCAGCUUGAAUAUUUAUUACCCCACAGAUGCUUCACGUCAGUCGUCUGUCAAAUGUGAAUAAGCACAAACUAGACGUGAAGUGUCACCGUAUCUGACUGACUCCAUAUGCUAUGAGUCUGCAUUUUAAUGCUCUCACAGCAACAUAGACAGAUACCUACUCCUAUUCGUGUCGACACAUGGCUCCACUUCAAAUACAACAAGGUACUUCUGCAGUAGUGGUCAACACUUUUACACACAGGCAGGUCAUCUGGCAGGCAUCUUUCAAAAUCCAUGGGCAGAUAGUUCGAAACAUGAAAACUACUCAAUGAAUAAUGACAAAUUUACAUUAUUGUAAGACAACAAACUGCACAAGUAUCAUCUUGGUAUGAUUUACAGAAAGACCGGACUGCAAAAGUAGGUUGUAUAUGUAAAAGGACAGUGAUUGGUUAUAAGGAAACAGACUGGGCUGAGCUAACUGGUCGAAAAUACUGUAACCAAGCUGCUUUUGACAAAAGAUGUGGACAAAAUGUGCAGUUUGUCAAAUUUACUGUUCUUGUUAAUCAAAAUGAUUAAAAGUCGUCAUGUUUUUGAUUCAAUCUCAUGUAAAUCCUAGCUGGGGGAUGUCGUUGGCCCAUAUUUCUGAUUUACCUCUGAUUGACCUUUUGUUUUCUUUAGCAGGUACUUAACUCCAGAUAGCAAAGUGAAAAGUUCAUUGCCUUCCUUCCUUUCUUUCUUAAUAAAAGGCGAAAACAACCAGGGGCGCUAUCGGGGGGAACAAAAGGAUAAAUGUACCAAAGUGAGGGCCCAUUCAUUGACUGUAAAUAGAGUGGACAAGUGCCUCUAUUUCCACCUGUUGUGGGAAGUAAAGCCAAAACAACACCUCAUUAAGCGCUGACAUAUUGCACUGGUGGAGCCGAGGCACGUGCAGAAGUGACCUUGCUGUUCGAGCCACGGGACUGACGUUACAGCCUUUCCACAAACUGAAGUAGGUGCAGAACUUAGGUGCAAAACAAACACUUAAACAUGUUCAGCAAUAACAAAAGAAACCACCUUUUAGAAAAACAUAUUUGACGUGAUUUUAAAAAAAAUAGUUUGAGCCUGGUUCUAGAGCUCCAAAUUUGCAGGCUCAUGACUGAAAGAGACUGUAACAAUAAUAACAUUUGUUAAAUGAUUCUCUGUUUUUCUUUGUUCUUCCAUGUAGAUUUAGAUUAAUGUCAGCGUCCAUGUAAACAGCUCAUGAAAAUACAGUCAUCAUGUCUAUACAAAACCCAACUGUUGUUUGUACAGACCCGGGGGCUCUUUCAGAUAUCAGCAAAAAGAGACAGAUUCUAGAUGGAAGUAUAAAUUGUCCAUCACACUUCUGCGAACAGCAUGUAAAACACAUUCGAGGGCUGUAGACACACUGUUACAGGCCCAAUAUCCCAUGCCCAAUAUUUACCUCAUUACUGCCGUUAUUUCUCUCCUGUGGAACACUAUUUGCUAAAAGGUGCAUGAAUUGCUCUGCCUGAGAGCAGGAGGUAAUGAAGCAAAUAUUGGACAUUUGGACCCACUUUGCAAUCGUUUGGCGCUGGAGCAUUUGGGCAGAACUGCAAAGGAUGUUUUGGGGGAUGCUGCUGAAACUAAAUGGACCAGAACAGCGUGUCUGCAAGUUCAAGCUCCUAAACUACCAUCACAGACACUUUACAUUUGUGCUGACUGGUUUCACAGCACUAUAUACUUGUUUUGCUGACUUUCGAAAGUUGCUUGAGUUAUGUAAUCUUACUUUCCCACCAACUUUUUUUUAAAUACGAUGUCUGCCCGAACAGGGACUUGAAUCUUGAACCCUCAGAAUAAAAGUCUGAAUGCUCUUGCGUUCCUUUUUUUAUUGUAUUAUCAGCAUCCUGAACGUGUUACAUUUUGAGAUUAAAAACCAUAUGUGGCACCCUGAACAUCAUUUAUCAGUCAUUCAUUGGUAUUAUUUGUACUGUGCAUUGGUGUUAUUUAUUUUGUUACCCAGGCCACCCGCUUAAGUGUGUAAAGACAUGUCAGGCGCAUCAAAUUUAUACUGUAGUGGGUGAACAAUCAAUAUUAUUGGCAGAAAUAGAGGGCCCCAGAAACAAAUUUUGCUCAGGGCUCCAUUGAGGAUUGGGCCGGCUCUGUAUCUGCAUUACAAAACACAGCUUAUAGUGUGUUCAUUUAAAAACUGUUGCAGGACUUCUAUGUUCCUCUGUUAGUGUACACAGUCGUUUGCACCUGAGAACUUCUGUUCAGAAGUACCUGCUGCGUAAUUUCAAGUUUCACUCGACAUGGAGAUGUCAAUAUCUUCACUUUUCUACCAACUUUUUCAAAACGACGUCCGCCCGAACAGGGACUUGAACCCUGGACCCUCAGAUUAAAAGUCUGAUGCUCUACCGACUGAGCUAUCCGGGCUCUUAGAGAGUUAUCACGUGUCUCCCUUUAAAACCACGUGACAACACCGAAAACACAUUUUUAUUUGGCUAUUACAUGAGGGAAAUUAUAUGAUAAGGUUAGAAACAAUUAAAGAAAGAAAAAUCUACACGAAGAAACAGAUGGGUAGACUGAAAAGACCGUUGAAGUUGCUGUAGUCGUUCUUCGAAAAACGUAAUAAAAGCGAUGAUUUACCGCCAUCCAGCGGCCAUACCUGGAAUUACGUGUGAUCUUUUGCCUACGUCAUAUCACAACACGGAAGUAGCGACAAAGAAAACAGCAUGGGCUUGAGGGAUAUGAGAGCUGCGUCCGAAUUGCCAAGUAGUAGUCGAAGUAGUAGUCGAAGUAGUAUCUAGCAUGUCCGAAUUGGCCACCGGAGCGAGUAGCAUGCUACUUCAGAUACUACUUCAGAUGCUAGACACGCCCACAUUGUAGGUUGGUCUCGGUGCAUCCUACGGGCAUGCUACUGACCCAAAAUGCACCGCGGGCUUCUUCUUCGUCCUCUUAAAAGUUGUAGAAGCGCAUGUGAUGCUAGCGCCACCAGCUGCUGCCUAUUUAGAUGCGUCGCGAACGCCGGCUGGCCACAGCAGCGCGCACCAUGUCGGAGCAGCAGCAGCAGCAGGCGGGACCGCAGCAGUACAGAUGUAAGUUUCAUGUAACUUCACACACUGUCCUAAAAAUGUGCGGUUGUAUCUCUUUGUCAUGUCAUGGUGUCAUAUUUGCCCAAGUAAUCAUUUUAUGAGCAAGUGGCGACAUCAUGGAGGUAAAGCUCACUUAUUCCAUCAUUAAACUGCACAGCUGCAGUACUACAGCCAGGCCCGCAGAUGAGGGGCUUCAGUUACCACUGUCUGCACGGGCGCAGUACCUACUCUCUGCCUGCGGGGGUCGUCUUUCCCCACCGCUCGUCUAGUGUGUCCGAAUUGCGCCAACGUGUUUAGUAUGUAGGAGUAGGAUCUAGCAGUAGCACGUAGCAGUAGCAUGUAGUAUCCGAGCGGGCAGUUCGGACGCAGCAGAGUUUUCUCCUGUAUUAAAAAUCCGACAUCCAUAAUUGUAAAUGUAUUACUCGCUAAAGCUCCCCGUGAGGUGGCGCAUAUAUCGAUUUAGUUUGCUGCGGCUAAACGAGUUAUUGUUUUUAUUCCGUCCUUAUCUCUGUGAACUGUGAAGGAGCUCCAUGGACAGGUACUCAGUCCAGAAAGUCAUCGGGGAAGGGUCUUUCGGUCGGGCUCUGUUGGUCCUCUGUGAAACCAGUAAGGAGAAAUAUGUGGUGAAAGAGAUCCAGCUGCCAAAGGUAAGAGAGUGAUGAUCUGUGUGAGCUGUGAGGUGGAAGAACAGCUGAUUUGACUUGGCCUGAAUCCUCUACCAAAGCACACCAUCCUCCUCCUGACCGUGCACUGAAUAUAAAUAGACUGAAUUUGCAAAGGUCUGCACGCUAUGCUUGAAUCCACACACUGUUAUUUAUAGCUGGGAGUGAUAUAGAAAUGUUAUUUACACAACCUACAAAAUGAGUGUGUGUUCCUCAGAGACACACAUGCACUUUAUAUCUGUAAACCAACUUAAAACCUUUCAAACCUCAUUUGCACUACUUUAAGUACAUCCAAUACUGCAUAAUUAUACUACAUAAUUUAUCUGUCAUAUACUUAUAUUUAUAGUAGGGCCCGACCGAUUUAUCAGCGAGCCAAUAAAAUCGGCCAAUUUUAGCCCGUUUGAGACUAAUCAUAAUCGGCCAAAACUCGCCGAUUUUCGCCGAUAUUUUCAGAAAUAAAAUGUUGCUCUGAACUUGUGGCAUGAGCAAUGACAAUAAAGUUGAAUUCUUUUCUAUUCUAUUCUAUGUGCUGUACAUGGAAAGAAUGAUUUCAUACAUAUAUUUCCAUCCUAAUAGAAUCAGUCCAAAGUGGAUAAAUCAAGGAGUGAAGCCGUGCUGCUGUCCAGGAUGAAACAUCCAAAUAUUGUCGCCUUCAGGGAAGCUUUUGAGGGUAUUCACACACCAAACUUUCAUUAACUCCUCAUUAUAUGACCCCUGUAUCCACUUAUUUCGUCUUGAGUGAUAAAAAGUGGGUGUUAUUGUGUUUGUCCAGCUGAUGACCUACUGUGGAUUGUUAUGGAGUACUGCAGUGGAGGAGAUCUGCUCCAGAGGAUCCAAAGACAGAAAACGGCACAGUUCUGUGUCGAUGAGGCAGGUGUUAUCACUUUUAAUCAUUCUCAUUUAACCUUUACGAUUUUGUUUCCACUUUUAACAUGCUUUUUCAUUUAAAUAACGCUCUCUUAGAUCAUGAAGUGGUUUGCCCAGAUGUGUUCUGCUGCACAGCACAUCCAUGACAAAAGGGUACUGCACAGGGAUCUGAAGUCUAAGGUACUGUGAGUUUCUAGAUAUCAUUGUGAUUUCUUCCAUGUAAAAGUUUUAGUUUAUUCGAACAGGUUAAAAGAAAAACAAAAUAAAUACAAUAUACAAUGUAACAAUUGGUUUUAGAUGGGCGGCACAGUGGUGUAGUGGUUAGCACUGUCACCUCACAGUCAGAGGGUCCUGGGUUUGAGUCAGGGCAUUUCUUGUUUUAGGAACAUUAUGAACAGUGAACAUACCAGUUUAAACACAAAUAAAAGUUAAUAAAAGACACGUAACAGUAAUAGUUUUUGUGUGAAUCACAAUAUGAGGGGGGACAUGAGCUGCUUGGCGGAGGUCUGCGCUCUCCAAGUGCUUUUCUAGUUUAAAAAUGCAUUUUCCCCUGAGAACUUUUGGAUGCCUUGUGGUAACUGAUCUGAAUAGUUUUGAGGUCGACCAAAUCCUUGAACUUAAGCGCCUUCAGUUUGAUGAUGAGUGGAUUUGAUGGUUCUCUGUAGGUACUUUUAUUUACUAUUUUUAUUGCUCUUUUUUGGAGUUUGUAUAUUGUUUCUAUGUUUGUUUUGAAUGUGUUCCCCUACACUUCCACACAGUAGAUGAUGUAUGGGAGAGUGAAUUAAAAAUAUUGAAUUUAAGUGCAAAGAUUUUCACUUGUUCCAACAUUGUAAGAAAUAUUAGUUGCGUCUUGUCCUCUGACUGAAAAGAAGAUGAUGAGAAUGAUUUAUUUUAUUGGUUGGGUGCAUGUCGAUAAAAUCUCAUCAGUUUGAGCGAUGCAGGGAGAAAUGAACAAUGAUGAAAUUGCUGAUGUAGAUAAGAUCAAAACAUUAUUAUCUUGUUAAUGCAUAAUACCAUCAUUCUGCCAUGGUUGGCUGUUCUUGUUUUUGCAUCGCGUUCAGUCAUCACUUCUUCUUCAUUUCCUCACCCAGAACAUUUUCCUGACAGAUAAUGGGACAAUCAAGCUCGGCGACUUUGGCUCGGCGUGUAUUCUGAACAGGUACAGGAAGACAGAGGCGGUUAUUUAUAGACGGCCUUUUUAAUGUCAACGCUUACUGCUUUGUUUGCUUUUGUUGCAUUUUCACCUUUACUGAUUUUUUUUUUUUUUGUCAUUAUUUUGCAGCUCAAAGGCUUACGCUCACACGUAUGUUGGCACACCGUAUUAUGUGGCGCCGGAAAUCUGGGAGAACAAGCCAUACAACAACAAGAGGUGUGUGUGUGAGUAAAUCUGACUGGUGGUUCUAAUAAAUUAUGUUCAAAAUGAUCAAAUUUUUUGUCACACCCAAAUUUAAACCUUAACGAUUUGAUUUAUUACGAUCCAAACUGUGUCUGCAUCAGUUGUUGUAGUAACAGUACAUACAAAAGCAACAAGGGAGGAUUUGGAAAGCAGAUAUGUGAUACAUAUAUAAAUGUAAAUGAUCUACAUAAACUCAUAUAUUAUACAUACAUGCAUGCACACAGUAAAUAUCCAGGCCAAGGUUGGUCAGUUGAGGAAUACUUUUCCAUCAAUUUAUUCAUUAUUUCUUAAGUAUUUGUGCUCAUAUUAGGUUAACUGUAUCUACUGUAUAAAAAAAUAUUAUUUUAACUCCCUCGGUUAGAAAAUGAGCAUCCUCACAGGAAACAAACCAAGCAGGUACACCAUGCAAUGCAACUCUUUAUUUCGGACACAGAAACGGUCCAUAGAACAAUAAAAAAAACACACAUACACAUAUACACUAAAAUAAUCCGACUGCAGCAUGUUACCAUCAUGAAUUUUAAUUUUGUGCGAAACUUACAGAGCACACAGUAUUCCAGAAGCCAAUUAAUUGACACAAUCUCCAUGGCAACUACAUUGAAUAUUAUUUUGAAGGCAGAGCACGGCUGAAAAUGCACCUUAUUUUACAUAUGUAUGCUGCAUACAUUGAUGCUGCACCAGUUUUCAGACCACCAAAAACUGUUUUUUAACUGUGGCUGUAAAACUAAGACUUGAAGUAGACUUUUAAAUGUAAUUAACCGUUAAACGAUCCCAUUAGCCUUCCAGCUUUCCUCGUUUUCCUUUGACAGUGCUCGUAAAUUUGCCGCUGAUAAAAAUGCAACAACAAAGGAGACUUUUCGAAACAGUCUGUGCUCCCGGCUCAGCUGUGAUUAUGUAACUUGUGUGUGGGAUAACCAAUGUUGUGUCAUUCAGUCUGUGCCAGUACAUGACGAGCGUCUGCGGCGAACAAAUACCCGUGUGUGUAUGUUUGCAUGUUUUGCAGUGAUGUGUGGUCUCUGGGCUGCGUCCUCUAUGAACUCUGCACCCUGCGACACCCGGUAUGUCCUCUCCUCUCCUUCUCCUCCUCUCUCCAUGAGACAGAGGGCCUCCCUCCAAACAUUGUCAAUGAAUUAGUGUAAAAAGAAUCUUUUGUUUUUACUGCAGCUGUUCUCAGAUGUUGUGGUGCGGUUUGUUGUCAAAGCGAUCUUCCCUCAUGUGUUCAGUUCCAGGCUCCCAGCUGGAAAAGUCUGAUUCUGAAGGUGUGUCGGGGUGCGUACCCUCCCCUCCCCAAACACUUGCCCUAUGAACUACAGUAUUUAAUGAAGCAGAUGUUUAAGACAAACCCAAAAGACCGACCGUCCCUGCACACCAUCCUGACCUCUCACCGUGUCUCCAGACUCCUGCGUGAACAUCUGCCCUCUCAGGUAAAAACCCACCUGUGCGGCUCUCUGCGGUAGAGCUUCCUGCGUAGUGACGGCCGCUCAAGCAGUUACUCCUAAAGUGAUUUUUGUAGCCGACCAUCCAUCAAAAAGACACGCUGUCACAACAUGAUGUUGAAGUGAGAAUUUAAACUCUUACACAACUCUCCCAGCUGUGUUGACCCUGAGUGGAAUCUGACCUUUGACAAAGUGCUGUUGGUUCAGGUGGCCGCUCAGCUCGUGUUGUGUUUGAUUUACUGCACGGCUUUGAAUCUUUUACAGGCGAUAGAAAAGCAGCAAUGGGGGAGACGUGAGGGUCGAUGGAACAGGGAAGAGGGACAGAAGGUGGCUGAUCUGCUGGGGGAGAAGAGUUUAAUUAAAACAUCGACGUUCGAAGGUAGAGUUUGGAAAAAUUUACUGUAGCUAUUCUGAAGCACAUAACUGAGAUUGAACUUUACAUGCAACUAAUAUACAUUGUCAUAAAGUUUGCAUAAGUUUAUUCCAGACAGUCGAACUACACUGGAAUGAGGGUUUUCAAAGACCUGCUUCUACACUCUAUCUUGUUUUUUUUUUUUAAAUGAGACAAUAGUCAUGUUUACAUUUGCAAAAUUUCUUGAUCGGAUCAAAAAUUUGAUGGAUCAGAUAAUCUGAAUCCACCAAUCAGAGCCACUUCUAGCCAAUUACAGGCGAAGGAGGGCGGGACCUUCACCUACCAUCCUAAAAAAAAAUGCUUUUUAGAGGAGUGGGUACAGCAGCUCCUGCUGUUGUGAUUUAUGCCAGAGUGUUAAUAAUGAAACCUCCUGUACAUUCUAAAGAGUGACGAUCGAGUCAGGUUAGAGAGUCACAAUCGGAAUAAGAGUUUACAUGGACACGUUCCGGAGUAACGAUCAGCAUGAAGCACUCCUCACGAUCGGAAUACAUUUUCUUUCCAAUUAAGCCAAAUUAGAUCAAAAUCUUCCGAUCGACAUGACGCAUUUUUGUUCCGAUCGGACAUUUAUUCUGAAUAUUUGUGUCCAUGUAAACGCAGCUAGUCGGAGGAAGGAGAAGCAGAAAACAAAGACAAAAUAAUGGUCUCUCGUCCCUUUUAGAAGUUUUCCUCUACACAUUAAAAAAGAAGUUUAUAAAAGUUAUUUUUUGUGCUAACAUCAGGUGUGGAGUCUUUGGAAGCUCACUGUGAAAGCAGAGAGCCAGGUUCUCGAAAGCAGUGGGCAGCUGAGCCUACGGACACCGUACUGCACAUGUUGGCUAAUGCCAGCCUCAUCUCCUCUGACAGUAUGGCAGAAACCAGCCAGACCAGCUCAGGUAAAACAUUUUCACUUUGUCAUUUUCACAGAAUCCAAGACUAAAUGUUAAGGUUUGAUCUUCCUGUUUAUCCAGGAGUGUCAGAGGAGAGCAGACAGAGGAGACGAUGGGAGACCGAUCCUCCUGAGAGACUUCUGAGUCUGUUAGAGAAAGCCCAGCUCAACAGAGCAUUCAGCACCUUUUUGAUCAACAGAGAAGGUCUGUUCUUUUCUGAGCAGGUGAUACUUUCACACAGGUUACCUGUGAAGUUGAGUGUUUCAUCUCCAAUUUUCAGAUGAGGACCCUCUGGUGGGUCCCCUCUCGCAGCCGCAGGGUGACGACACAGAUGGUCCUGAGCCGGAGGUGUCAGUGGAUGAGGAGCGGCUGCAGCCUCGCUCUGAUGACGAGGACACGUAAGAUACCCAGCCUUAUGACUUCUUAGCAAGGAUCAAUAUUCUUCAGGGAUGUCCUGAUCCUAAUAUCAUCUCUCAAGACUGCCAAUUUGUUACAACAUCAAAAAAAACAAUAGAUAGUAUUAAAAAAAAUAGAUGAAUAAAAAAAAUAAUAAAAGAAAAUAAAGAAAAAAAAUUAAGAGAGCGCAGACCUCCGCCAAGCAGCUCAUGUCCCCCCUUAAACAAGAAAUCCCCUGACCAGGAUUCAAACCCAGGACCUUCUGGUUGUGAGGCAACAGUGCUAACCACUACACCACUGUGCCGCCCAUUGGUUAUCUUUUAGCACUGAAAAUUUCAACGACACCCUUAUUUUUUUUUGUGUUACCGAAAACAUAACCUCCUUGGCGGAGGUAAAAAGAGGGAAACGCUGCUGCCCUGAAGCAACGACGCUGGAAUUGAAGAGAUCUUUAAGAUUAGAAAGAAGGUGUUUGAAUCCGUCACUAUGGAAAACCAGCCCUUCUCAGGGUAGUGAAUGCCUUCCUUGCAAAGUUUGUGCAACAAAUAGGAUGAUUGAAAACAUGAUGUGACUGCAGUGAGUUUUAAAAGAGACAUUUGGAGCUCAAAAAAACUAUUUACGGCUCAGCUAUCUGGGGAAAUCCAAGAAUUGUGUCCAGACUCCAAAUCUGAUGGAGAUAUACCAGGUGAGUUUGAUCUAAUUUGACCAUCUUCGUAUCAGCUGGACAGAAAGGGGAAAUCCUCAUGGGCUUUAUGCUUUUUAUUUGAACAUCCUGACGGAUUGAUCCCUUCAUAAGAGCUGACACUGUUUGAGCAUGCCUCAUCCUUUUGACUUAAACGUCUCUUAUUGACGUUAUUAUGAGUUGAUGUAGAGUGAAUGUGAAGGAGAGGGAACGCAUUGACAGCCGUGGAUGAAUCAUUUAUCUGUUUUUGGACUCACUCAGACGGUUUCUAAAACAGAAAAAGACUUUUCAAACCUGUUGAAUGUGUGGAUUGUCACGUCUUUGACCUCUUUGAUAUAAAACCACAGUGAGACUUCUUUGUCCUGUGUCCUCUCUCCACAGAGACUUUGAGGAAGAAUCUCCGUGUGACUGGAUGGAUGAAGUUGAAAAAAUUAUUUCCGAACACUAAAGAGUCCUUUUUGUCUGGCUGCACUAAAAAUCAUGUUUACACUCGUCAGAAUCAUUUCAUUCAUGAAUACGGGACCUGCUGUAUCUCAGGUGAAGGAGGAGCUUUAAUUCAAGUUUACAUCUAAAUUAAGACGUUUUUGUUUUCCUGUUUUAUGCUCUGCACUGAUAUUCAUAAACUUGUUGUACUUUUGCAGCUAAACACUAAAUUUUGCAUUCAGCUCGUCAUCGUUAUUAAACCUCUUUUUCUCAGAGA